GCAUCUGAGAUCUCUGCUUCAUACACAAGCACACACACGCACAAGUACACACAGAUCAAGCACACACAGAGAUCCAAAUGGAACGUUCAAUGCGUCUUGUUUCCGCCGCCUUGGUUCUUGCCCUGCUUUUGGUGGCUACCGAGAUAGGACCAAUGGCUGUCGAGGGAAGGAGCGCUAAGAAGGUUGAGCCAAAGAAGAGGACCUGCGAGAGUCAGAGCCAAAAAUUCAAGGGAAUUUGCUUCUUGGCGAGCAACUGUGCCACGAGUUGCACAACAGAGGGCUUCAAUGGAGGCCAAUGCCGUGGCUUCCGCCGUAGAUGCUUCUGCUCCAAAGCAUGUUAAUUGAUUAUAAUGGAUCUAUCUGUGUGGGAGAGAGCUGUGAGCGUGCUUGUGUAAUGGGAUCGAUUGAUUGACCCAGCUGUGUAUGCUGGGUUAAUUGCUUUUGCUAGGGUCAUUUAUUUUCUUGUUCCUUG